UAAAUACACGUGGAAAAAAUGAGGUGAUUUAUUCAGAAAGAUAGAGCCUGCACGAAAUAAUGACCAGACUGCUCCUCGUUGUCCUGUUCAGCCUUUGCUUGUUGCUGAUAGAAUCAGUAAAUUCAUUAAAAUGCAGAACAGGUAUUCAGCAGACGGACGAUCAAUACCGAAAGAUUAUGCAAACUUGCAAGAAACGAUUUACGACCGAUGAUGAUGACGACGACGAUUAUAGCAAUGAUUCAUCAUCAAAUGAAAAUGACGAUAAUGAUUCUUCAAGCGUAGAUUUAUUUGGUACAAGGUUCUUCGUGAGUGGCGGUAGCAAGUUUUCCAAUAUGCGCUCUUGGAAAGAUCCUAAUGAAAAUCGGAAUCGAGGAAAUGAUCAGAGAAAUGGUAACGACCGACGCUAUUCCGUCAGUUAUACAAAUGGGAAUUGGAAAAAUGCUCAAUAUCCUUUUCAAGGCAGCAAUAAUCGCGAUUAUAGUUAUUCUGAGGGAGCUGGCAGACCAAGCUAUGACCAAAUGUAUAAUGACAACUCUGAGAAUUAUGAUAAGCAACAAAAACAAACCUGCAUCAAUCAGUGUUUCUUCAACGAAUUAAAUAUGGUAGAUCAAAGGGGUUUCCCAGAGCAAGUUUCGGUCAUCCAAUUUUUGACACGUAAUAUACACAACCCAGAAUUACAGGACUUUAUAGAGGAAGCUGUCAUAGAAUGUUUUCAUUAUUUGAAUUCAGAUAUAAGGCAAAACAAAUGUUAUUUCUCAGAAAAUCUCGUGACUUGUUUGAUUGAUAAAGGAAAGGAAAGAUGCGAAGAUUGGGAUAAUUAAUAACACUGUACAAAUAUAUAUAUAUGACAUUUCUAUCAAGAGAAAUGAAACAAGAAAAAAUAAGGAAUAAGAAGAAUUAAUCAUUCCUGUAAAAAUGUGACUUAAAUAGAUAUAUACACUUAUUAUAAAACAUAAUACACGUGUAAUAAUCAUAAAAAUAUAUUAAACAUAUUGUACGUUAA